AUGGACACCGAUAACGGGUACUCUUUUGUGCCGGAGUUUGAGUUUGAGCUUGUGGACGUAGAGGAUCCCGGUGUGGCUGAGGAGUCGCCGGUCCGCGAGUUUUUCCCGCUCUUUUCAGGCUCAGAUCAGGUGGCUGUGAGUUUGGAGGACAGGCAGGUGGAUGUGGACGACCGGCUUGUGGAGAACGUUGCGCGGCCAGAGUCGUACUACUUUGCCCGGUACACGGCGGCCGAGCAACAGGCGUUUCAACAGGCGGCCGUUGACGGGCGGGAUGUUCUACAACAGAGCCAAAAGCUUGUUCCUAGUAAUUACAAGGUGAUUUCGAUUUCCGCUGUUGACGAGCCGGUGAGGGUUCCUUUGCCGCCACAACAAAAAGCCCGUCGCGGCAGGAAACAGCGGCUGGCCAAGAUCGAAGCGAAAAAACGCAAAAAGCAAUGGACUGCACGGGUUGCACAGCUCGCAAAGCUCACUAGAGUGAAAAAGACCCGCAGAGGCGGCCGCAAGUCCAAGGCGAAAAGUUCAUAG